CCGGGGUGGGGGCCGGGCCGGGGGCUCACUCUCCCGGGCCCGGUGACCAGACGCUCCUCAGCCCCCGUCUGUGACAGAUCCUGCGUCCUUGAAGAAGGCCUACGAAUUGAUCAAGUCGGCCAACUCGGGGAAAUCGGAGUUCGACCCCUCGGAGAGCUUCAGCCCGGACCUGUUCGUUCUGUGUGCAGAGCAGGCCCUCAAGAUGGGACAGCCAGAGGUGAGCGAGGACUGCAUCCAGAUGUACUUCAAGGUGAAGGCGCCCGUCACCCAGUUUCUGGGCCGAGCGCACCUGUGCAGGGCCCAGCUGUGUGCCCCAAGGUCAGCAGAAAACCUGGAGGAGUUUGAAAAUUGCGUGACUCAGUACAUGAAGGCUAUAAACUUUGCCAAAGGAGAACCGAGGUAUUACUUUUUGGUGUAUAAUGCAUCAGUCCUCUACUGGCAGAUGGUCAGGCCGUUCCUCAAGCCUGGAUAUCACCACUAUCUGAUCCCCAGCCUUUCCCAAAUCGUGAACGUGCUCAGUCAGACUGAGGAGGAAGACAAGGAGUGGCGUGCCGAGCUGAUGCUGGAACUUCUGGAGUGUUACGUGCAAGCCGGAAGAAAGGAAGAGGCUGCCAGGUUCUGCUCCACUGCAGCGCCAUUCAUAAAGUCUCACGUGCCGCAGAAAUACCGGCAGGUAUUCUCCAUGAUGGUUCGUCAUGAAUUAAUGGACGGGCUUCAGUUAAAGGAAGAAAUGAGAAAUUCCAUUUCCCUGUCCGUUGCUUUCUAUAUUAAUAUGCUAAAGGCAAAACAGGAGCAAAAUGAUUUACCGGAAGACGUCAGUGUCGUUCUGAGGAAGGCCUAUAGACACUUAGGCCGUUUCACCCACCUCCGUGUUCCUUCCAUCAGAGAAGAAAAAAUGCUUCUGCUUUUUGAAUUGGCUCGUUUUUCCCUGACCUUGAAGUGCACGGAGAUCUCCUCUGACUGCCUCUCAGACCUGAAGAAGAUGGAAAGCGCGGAUCCCGGGAAGCUGAUUGAAAUUGAGUGUCUGGAGUGUGAAUCCGAAGCCUUAAGACUUGAGAGUAAAAUGAAAGUGUACCUCCGAGCAGCUGUUGAGACCCAGCUGGAUAUCAUACAGAGACUGGAUGUCACGCUGCAGCGAGCUGUCCGCCUGGGCGACCCCCAGGUCAUCCAUGUGGUGUGCACCACGCAAUGGAACACCUGCCUGCCCCUGCUGCAGCACAACCUGCGGCACCACCUGAGGAAGCCACUGGCCAACGUCGCGGAGGUGCUGGAGAAGGUGGACAGCCUCAUGACGCUGCUCCGCUGCCAAGUACACAUGGAGAUGGCGCAGAUUGAGGAGGACGAGGACCGGCUGGAGCCCGCCAUGGAGCACCUGCGGAAAGCCACGCACCUAGAUAGCCUGGGCCUCUACCAGGACCGGCUCCGGAUGGCCUCCAACCGGCUGCACCUGUGCACCACGCUAUACCAGGCCCCCGAGCACGCCGAGGACAAGGCCAUCAUGGCCAUCGAGCAGGCAAAAAAAGCUACCCUGAAGGACAGUGUCAGGAAGAAGCGGGCCCUCCUGGUGAACGCAGGCCUGGCCUUAGCCCCCGACACCUUUCAGAUCGUGCUGGACAGUGAGAAUGAGGCCAAAGUGUCCACUGGGAAGAACAGGGGCCGGUUCACCUACCUUUGCUCAAAGGCACGGCACCACAUUGUCAGCGUGGACAAAGCUGCCGGGCACCUGCGGCGCCUGGGCUAUGAAAACGACAAGGAGAGGAUACAGAUCUGGGCAGAGCUAGCCAAAGUGGCACGGAAGCAGGGUGUGUGGGACGUCUGUCGGACGGCGAGCCGCUUCUGCCUCCUGUAUGACAAUGUCAAGGUGAAGAAGCUGAGGCUGCGGAGAGGGAGGAAGAAGCGAGGUGGGGACGGCUCAGUGCAUGACGCUGGGAGCCAGCCUGAGGUCAUCCUGCAGAGGCAGGUGUCUCCUGACCUGCUGCGGAAGUUCGCGGAGGUGGGGUUCAUCAACGCUGAGGCCACUGUCCAUUUGCUGCGGUCAGAAGGUGUAGAGCUGAAUGACCGGGCCAUCCCUCCCGAAGACCUGAGCCAGCACCCGGCUGGCUACGUACCUGAACCCCCGGAGGCGAAUGCUGAGUGGAUCACAUACAGAACCUGGAUUGAGAGCCUGUCCCAGUACGCCAUGAAUAACUGGCUGCGUUCUGCAGAGAUUGGACAGGAACUCCAGGAGGCGUGGAUCGUGCAGAAUGCUGUGGUCUACGUCCUGAACCACAGCCGCCAUCUGAUCCUGGCCGGGCGGCAGAGGGAGCUGGUGGACGCCCUGCACCACCUCCUGAGCAUCGUCAAGGCCACAGGCCACAGCGGGGACCCUGUGAUGCUGGUGACGCUCUGCAACACGCUGGCACGAGGCCUGAUCAUCAGCUGGAUUCCACCCCUGGCCGCUGAGAAGUCCAGGAAAUUGGUGCGAACAAAUGCCUUUCACAGCCCACUGGACGCAGGAGCCACCUCCGAGAUCAAAACAGCGGUGGAGGUCUGCGAGUUUGCCCUGAACCUGACCAACGGGAGCACGCCAGAGGAGACGGUGCCCACCCGCGUCCGACAGCAGCUCGUCGCCACCUGGGUCAAGGCCAAGCAGCUCCUGCAGCAGCAGAUCGGGCCACGGCUGGGCACCGAGGAGCAGGGCACCAGUGAGGAUGUCAGCUCAAUAACCAGAGUCCUUGUUGCCUUGGAAAUGUACUCGUGCAAUGGGCUGGGCCUCAUGGACUUCACCGUCCCCUCCCUGGCCCAGGUGGUGAAAAUGGCUUCUGAGUGCAACUGGUCGGACCCCCUGGUGGAGCUACAGACCCUGACGCGGCUGACCCACUUCGCCUACGCGGCACGUGACCAUGAGACCACCAUGGCCUGUGCUCACAAGGCCGUUGAGAUGGGCAUCAAGUACCUGAAGAUGUUUGGUCCCGUGGAGUCCCAGCUGGUGGCGGAGAUGCUGUGCACGGCCGCGGGUGUCCAGGGCAGGAGCAUCAUGGAGAACCUGAAGGGCCAGAAGCAGCUGCGGCUGGUGGCGGCCAAGGCCUUCAUGGAGAGCGCCAGAUUUGGAGGCAUCGCGGGCAGCAGCACCCUGGUGAUGCUGGCCGCGCGGCACUACUGGAAUGCCUGGCUCCCACUCCUGUCCUCGGCAGUCUACAGGAAGAAGGCCCAGGGUGCCCUGCAGAGGCUCAUCCGCAUCAUCAACAGGACAGAGGCCAGAAAGCAGGAGGAAGAGAAGACGCUGCUCCUGCACCAGUGGCCCACAGCCGACUUCCAAGGCGGCGGGACGGCCGACGGGUCUUUUCUUCCAGGGGCUGAGGACGACCUGACACUCCGCGCCGCGCUCUACGGCCUGCUCUUCCACAGCCAUGCCGACCAGGACGACUGGGAAGGCGGCCUCAAGGUGCUGGACGAGGCUGUGCAGGUGCUGCCGCGGACGGCCCACCGCCUCUUGAUCUUCAAGCACAUGAUCAUUGUGAAGGCCAAGCUCGGGCAGAAUUUCUCGAUGGAAAUCCAGAAGUUCAAGGCUGAGAGUGAGGACUACGUGGCAGGCAUGUGGCACCGGCUGGCCCUGAACUCGCGGAGCGUGUCUGGAGAGCUGGCCUGCUACCACGGCGCCAUCCAGGCCUUGCAGACGUACAGUCUGUAUUUCCUGGACCACCUGGUCAAGGCCCUGCAGAAGAUGUGCCUGCAUGAGCUCACGGUCCCCAUCCUGCAGCUGGGGGUGCUGAUUUCGGAGUCCGUGGUGGGAAGCAAGGGCCUGGCGGAUCUCUACCGCCUCCGCCUCGCCCACGUGUGCUCCGAGCUGAAGCUGAGGGAGGCAGCGGUGCAGCAUGAAGAGGCGGUCGGGCAGGUGCACAUCAGCGAGCUGGAGCAGGCCAGCUGCAGAAAAGAGAUCGCACUGAAAAGAGAGAAAAACAAGGAGCCCUUGUUAGAAGAAAGCCUGCCAGCACUCAACCAGCAGACACUUGCCGCCCACUCUGUAGAGAUCAAACCACUGGAAGCCAAGGACAAGAUUUUGAAGAUGAAUGGGGAGACUGGGAGGGGCCUCGAUGGGACGUCCUAUCCCCACCUGUGGAUGCUGAAGGCAGAGGUUCUGCUGGAGAUGAGCAUGUACCAGCCUGCACGGCUGCUCCUGUCCGAGGCUCACCUGGCUUUCCAGGAGCUGGAUGAGCCUUGUGCAGAGGCCCAGUGCCUGUUCCUCCUGGCACAGCUGGCCAACGAGGAGAAGAACUAUGGACAAGCCAAGAGAAUGAUUGCACAGGCCCAGCACCUGGGCGGAAACGAGGAGUUCUGGUACAAUUCCACGCUGACCCUGGCAGAGACGCUCUUGUCCACGGAACACUCAGGACAAGAAGCUACGGUGUGCCACAUAUUUCAGAAGCUCAUCAGUGCCCUCAAGAUUCUCAAGAAGGAAAGACCAAACCGAAUGCCGUUGUUAGAAUUCAUGAUCACAGACCUAGAAGCCAGGUGCCUGAGCCUGCGGGUCAGAGUUGCACAGGAGUCUGCGGUCAGGGAACCCACGGAGUGCUCACUGCUGCUGAAAGAGAUGGACGACAGCUUGUUGGAUAUUGAGAGAAGGUUUAUCGACUGUGGCUACAAAGAGAAUUGUGUUGAUGUCAAACUAGAGCGUGCGAAGAUCAAGAGGUUACGUGCCCAGAACGAGAAAGAUGAAGAACAAAAAACUGCGUAUUACUUGGAAGCGUAUGGCCUGGCGCAGAGCGCCGUGGCUGAGGAAGAAGAGAGGUUCCAGAGCAUCCAGGCCUUGCUGUCACUUCACGACGUGCAGAAUGUCAACACGCCCCUGAUGAGGAAGCUGGCACGCCUCAAGCUCAGCCUCGUGGAGAUGGCUCUGGGCAUGCUCCAGUUCAUCUGGGAGGAGGCCCACGGGCCGCAGAGUGAGCAGGGGUCCCUGGAGAAGCUGCUGGCCAAGUAUCUGCAGAACACCGGCGACUACACUUCCGUUGGCCUGCAAUGGUUCACGCUGAAGCGCACCCUGGCACACAGGGCACUGGCGCAGCUGGGGAGCCUGCAGCCGCUGAGUGUGGGCUGCGUGGAGAUCCGCGCCCGGCUCCUGGGACUGGCCGGGAGGGCCAUUCACCUGCUGGCCGUGCAAGCCGACCCUGUGCGCCCCGCCUGCUACUGGGAGGAGGAACCCUCGGUGGGCGCCAAGCUAAGCAACCUCAGGUCUCUGGAGCUGGAAGCAGAGGAGGAGGAUGCCGUGAAGUCCAGCAGGGACCUGCCAGCCUCCAGGGCGGCCCCGGAGGAGCACGGCAGGAGAGGCGGGGACCUGAAGAGGAGGAUGGUUCUGGCCCAGCGGUACCUGGCGCAGGCGUCAGAGGUGCUGCUGCAGUGCCUACACGUGGCCCUUGGCAGUGGCCUCCUGGAUGUGGCAGCAGCUGCCAGCCUGGAGAUGGUGGAGUGCAUCGGCGCACUGGACCCCGUGACUACCUGCCAGUUCCUGGCGCUGUCUCAGAGCUGCUCAGCCUCAGAGACAAUGCGGGACGUCCUGCUCGCAGCCACGGCCAACACCAGCAGCUCCCAGCUGGCAGCCCUCCUGCACCUACAGCACCAGCUCCGGCGCCAGGACAGGACCACCACCGGCCUGGGCGCCAGCGUGGAGCAGAGGCUGGCUGCUGUGUCCAAGGCUUGGCAAAAUCUCUGCGUCACUGAGCAGCAUUUUAACCUCUUGAAUGAGAUUCCUCCCACCUUUCGGAUACUCUUUCUGCAGCUCUCACCGGACAGGUCCCAUCUGUACAGCGCUGCCUACGAGAAACCCAAGUUCAUUCCUGUAGCCAAAGGAAAGGUGCAGCAUGUGGGAGUUCCCUGCAAGGUGAUGCGGCUGGCUGUGAGUCCCACCGCCUUCUCCCACCUGCUGGCCUGUGCCCAGGAGUUCCGGAAGGAGAUCCAGGCCCAGGUGUACGCAGAGGACCUGCUUCUGAGCACAGGCUCGGAGCCAGAAGGCCUGCAGGCAGAAGAGCAGAAGCCCCCGGUGCACAGUCUCCGCAGCGUUCUGGAGGCCCUGGAGGAGCUUCUGCGGCCGCUCUUCCCCAUGCUCAGUAUCUCCGAGGCCAGAGUGCAGACGCCCAUGGUGGUUGCAGAUUCAGGGAAGUCCAAGGGUAAAGACAAGGAGAGGAAGCCGUCCACAGGGCCGCAGAACACAGCCCAGCCCGAGGUGGCCGAUAAAGUCGUCCUGGUGGCAGACAGAUGUCUCCUGGAGCUGCCGCUGGAAGGUCUCUCCGUGUUCGAUGAAGGGACAAUUUCCUCUGUGUCACGAGAAUUUUCUCUCCAAAUGUUAUGGAAUCGCCUCCGUAAAGAAGAUACAGCAGAAGGUGUCACGAAAAAGGAGGGGAGAAGCAGAGACUCCAAAAAGAGAAGCCUAGCGAAGAAGGGCAAGAAGGGCAGCUUCCCCCGGGUCAUCCCCCCUGACUGCAUCACGGUCGACUCAGACAACUUCAAGUUCAUCGUGGACCCGUAUGAGGAGGCCCAGGGCCCAGAAAUGCUGACUCCUGUCUCCAUCACCCAAGAAAUUUUGGAAAGAUUCCAAGACACGUUCACGUCGCGAUGGGUGGGACAUCUGGGAAGCAAGCAGUUUCCCAGCCAGGCCCAGUGGGAGCAGGCCCUGGGCAGCUGCAGCGGCUUCUUCUUCUAUGGGAUGGAGCGCUUCCUGUCCCACGUAUUAGUGGAGAGAUUGGUCGCCAUGAACUUGCAAGAGUGCCAGGUGCUGGUCGUGCUGGACCUGGCGCAGUCCUACCAGAGCAUGAGGCGGCAUAUGGAGAGCUUGGAGCACAGGAGCGCCUCAGAGCCGUCCCUGGAGGAUCCCGUCAACGUGGCCAUCCUGCUGAGCCUGGUGGGGGUCAAGAGCAUCCUGGCGAACCAGUGGGCUACACUGCUGCAGGACAAUGCACUGAGGGCCGGCAUCCUCUGGGAAAAUCUGUUGGCUGUCGGGAAGCCUGUUGGAGAAACGGUGCGACUCCUUCAGGAGAUGAGCGGGGAUGAGGCGGUGAACCAAGACGAGGCUUCUCAGACCUUGAAGGACAAGGUGCUCCUGCUGCUGCAGCCGCAGCUCCAGAGCUCUGAGCUCCUUCCCACCACGCUCAACUUGGUCCUGUACGGGCUGCCACACCAAGCCGUCGGGUAGCGCGGGCCUGGACACCGCCCUCCACCCUGCCCCUCUACCAACCCACAGCCCUCCCAUCCCCACCGCCAGGCUGGCUCUCCCCAGCCCUUGGCGCGGCCUCAGCCUGAGACCUUCCACCGUGCCCUCCUGCCGGGCGGUCACCUGGACCUCGAGCUCUACCUGCCCGUGUGCGCCACGGGGUCUGUGUCAGGGCUGGAGCUGCGUCUCUCCCCAGGGCCAGGACAAGGGCGGCCUCCCAUCAGGAGGCUUCCCCAGCCACGGGCUCAUUUAUGCUGGCAGCAAAAUCGCCUUUCCCUGGGGAGGAGGCACCCGCAGCAGAGCCCCAGAAGACAAAGCCUCUCAGCGCCACGCCGGUGCUGGGUUGCUCAGACCAGGAGCACCAUUAGGACCUGUUAGGCUGUUUUUCAUUUGAGUGUUCUAGUAAACAACAAAAGCCAGUCUCUGUGUGUGUGGUCUCUGGGAGUCUCCUUGUGUGGUCUCCUCUGUGAGUCUCUGUGUGUGGUCUCUGCGACUCCAGUGUCUGUGUGUGGUCUCUGCCACUCGAGUACUCUAGUGUCUGUGUGUGGUCUCUGUGAGUCUCUGUGUGUGGUCUCUGGGACUCAAGGUGACUCCAGGUGGGUGCUUCUGGCCCAGCCUCAGCACUGCUGCCAUGGACACCCGCACCUUCUGGGAUGCUGGCUCAUGAGAAAUGCACUCCUUGAACCCAGCAGCUUUCCAGUGUGUGCUGGGAGGGUGUCACGUCAGCCCAGGCAACAUCCCCUGCACACACACAGGGCACCUCAGAUGGAACCUUCCAGAACAAGGAGGCUCAUGGUGGCAGGGUCUGUGUCAGCAAGCACCACAUGGAGCUUCUCGUGAAGAGAUGCUUUUCUUCUGUGAACAUUCCCGGUGGGCUUCAGCAUCCAGGGGGUCCUGGGGGAAGGGACGUGCCUUCCAGAUGGCCCUUCUGGAUUUCUGGAUAUGUCUCUCCCAACUUGGGCAGAUGGGUGGGAGCUGGGGGGGGUCGAAGGGUGCAUUGGUCCAUGGGAGGCCAGGGGGUCUGUAGAGCUUUCUGGAGACAGGCCCUCCCCACGCACAUGGACUCUGACCAGGACCAGGGGAAGGCUCAGGACAGCCCUGAAGGGCGGAAGCAGGAGCCUCAGGUGCCAUCCAGCGCUCCGGCCCCCUCCACGUGGGGCCAUGUGGGCCUGUUUCUUCAGCCUGAGGCCCGAAAUGUGAAGGCCAGGGGGCAGCCCCCUCCUGCCGAGGGCAACAGGACCUUGGCCAUGUGAGGUCAGGGCUGCCUGGAAACCUCCGAGUUUCCUCUGUGUCUGAUGGGGAGCAGGGGCAACAACGCUGUGUGGGGGAAGGGUCUGCUGAAGGCCCUCCUGCCCACGCUGUGCCCGUGAAGGCCACUCACCCAGCUCAGCGCCCACCCAAACUCCUGCCAGGUGCCUACGCCAGGCCAGCAAUAGCCAAGACAGCUGGGUCAGGACAGGCGGCCCCAAAAUGACCCAAAGUAGGUCUACAUACCGAUUCCCAGAUAGGGAAUUUUUUAAAGAAUAAAGAUAACGUGAGAUGCUGGAGGAGACGCUGAUAAGUGGACUCUCGCGCACUGCGACUGUGCCACAGCCCCUUUGGAAAACAGUUGACCUGAUUCUUUAAAGCCACAGCCCAGCAAUGGCACUUUUGGGCGUUUAGCCCAGAGAGUGGGAAAUGCACUUCCACACAAACGCAUGCACGCGUGUUCAUAGCAACCCCAUGUCCGUCCACAAGCAAAUGGUCAAACUCUGCUCUGUCCACUUGGAGUUAACACUGCCCAGCAGCAGCGGCAAAAGAACGGUGGCUCCGGCCUGACGGGCCUCCAGGAGUUGGGCCGAGGACAAAGCCAGCGUCAGAAGCGUCACAGGCUGCAGCAGGCAGCUUGCACAGCCUCUCGCCACGGUGGCGCUCUGGCGCGCGGUUAGUGUGCCCGGCCCGGGGGCCACCACUGACCCACCAGUUGUGGGUCUUGAUUGUGGCAGCAAGGCCAGCCCCUACCUGAGAAAGGAACGCCCGUACAACGUGGUGAAAACAGCCCGCGGCGCCCGCAGCUCACCGCAGCUAGAGCCAGCCUCACUUCCCGGCUUCGCCGUUUGCUGCAGCUGGGCAGGGUCGCGGCUGGGGAAGGCCGGGGAGCGGGCACCAGGCGCUGUGCCCUGUUUCUGCAACUUCCUGUGAAUCUGUAAUUAGUUUGACAUAAAAAUUUUAAAUGUCUACCUUUGAUAAUAUUGAAAGGUUGUGUGUGUGAUUCUCUUUUUUGUUUGAUUUUUCUAAGUAUAUACACACACUUGUUCCAGUUUGUGGGAAAAAAAAAAAGCUAACUAAUGACCAGGAAAUAAAUUGAAAUCAGAGCGGCGCUGGAAAUAUGGGCUUCCUUCUAUGCAGCUGCUGGCGCUCACCCAAACAACAAGAAUAAAAGCUUCUGGAAAUAUUUCA